AUGACUGACAUCGCGAAAUUUGAGCAGUUUGGAUUAAAUGCAUUCUGUAAUGGCAUUCCAAUACUUGACAAUGCCAGUGACUGGUUUAAGUGGAAUCAGAAGGUCAAUGAGUUCAUUCGGAUAUCCGCCGUUGCCGACGAUGGAACAACUCCACCGAUAGAAGAAGAAGAAGCGCGGCAAUGGACUCAUAGCCAAAAGUUCUACUCUGCGAUGAUCACGGCAAAGCUGACCCACAAUGCGGCACAAAGGAUCAACGCUUUUGAGAUCUCUCGAGUCCAGGCACUCUUAAAGGCAGUUAAAGACAACUUCAAACCAGAAGGCACUGGCACUUACGUGAACCUCCAGCGACAGUACAUGUCCCUCACAAGAGAGAAAUGCGGAAGUGCUCAAGCUCUCGGAGCCGAGAUCAGGAAGAUCCAUGCUGAGAAACUUCUCCUUGACCCUGACUGCAUGAGCUCCGAGAUUGAGAGAACAUUCUUUUUCGUGCACGCAUUAGGUCCUGACGGCACCCACGUUCGACUAUAUCGAGAACAAGGCAAUUGA